UUUUUUUCAAUUGGAAAUCGUCCGCCGCGUCGCGUAGGUUGUGUGUCCGCGAGAGAAACUCAAAACGGCUCGCCGCCCCCGUAGCCAGGAAAACGAAAUUCAUCCUAAACACCUAAACACCCCCGGGUAUAAGUCAAUCGUCGAAGGAAAAGUCUCCGUACACCUUUCGUAGCGCCAUACUAAAGGUGAAGGCUGUCGUCGUCGUCGUCGUCCCUGUGAAUGAUCCAACAAUUUCGGCCAAGCAAAAGUUUCGUUUUCCUCUGCUGAACCAACGUGUGGUGUGCGUGCGUGCGUAUGUGUUAUGUGUUUGUCUCUGCAGUGUGCAAAUUGCAGUGUGGCAUGUGAAGCAUUGGCAAGGCAACCGAAGCAAGUUAAUAUAGCAGCAGUUAAACAAAAUAUCAGAAAUAUCCGCUAGCGCGCUCCCCAGCAUCAGUGCGUGCGUAAGCCAGAAAGGGCGUACAACGAGAGAAGGCAAAGGCAAGAUAGAGAGUGAGCGGGAGAGCAAGAUAGAAAAUCACCAAAAGUAAGGAAAUCCCUGAAAUCGGUCGGAUACGAGGGAAAAACACAUUUGUACAAUCCAAGUAGCUCUGCCGCAUUCAGCCUCCAUAGUUCCAUAGUGUGACGGUGGGUUUUCCGGUAACAGUGUGUGUGUGUGUGCGCGUGUUUUUGUUGCCGUGUGUGUGUGUGUCUGAGCACACUCGAGUGUGCCUGACGAGAAGUAAAAAUUAUCGGAAAAUUAGGAAAAUCCGAAGCAGAAAGCUGAUUGUUCCUGUUGGUUCAAGCAUCUGUAAAAUCCACACGACAAUAUAUCCAACCUCCAGCACACCAAGCGCCAUACAGGACGAUGAACGGUUACACGGAUCUGCCCACAAACAUGGAAAACAGCCGAAACUGCUUGCGACGGAUCGCUCGACACGAUGACCAGGAGUUCUCUAAACAAAGUAUAUUGAAUGCCAUGGAUAAGUUUGUCCGAAACGUAAACACCAUGGACGAAACGAUACUGGUACCAUGCAGGUUAAUGGAUUGCAAGGUUGGUGAUGCAACAGAUACCGUGCCAGCCGCACCGAAAGCACAACACCACGGAGCACAUCACGGCAAGAAGUCGAACCGUGCGUCGAUACGCGAAACCCUAAACACUUCAGAACUGUUCGCACUGUACAACAUGCUGAAGGUGGUGAAAGUGGAUUUGCUUUGGGGACGCCAGGAUGCGGAAGACAGUGUCGAGGAGUCGGUGGUAAUGGGUUGUGCGACGAAGAGCUCGACCUCGUCCAAGGGUAACAGCAAUAACACUGACACCACCGGCACGAACAACUCCACCGCAAAUAGCACUAACAGCAGCAGCAGCAGCAAUACAGCCACGGACGUGACCACGAGCACCAACAGCAGUACCGGAUCCACCGGCAGCACGGUGACCGGAAGCGAAAAGGUGGUCGAUGCGAACAGCAGUCCCGCUCCGAUGGCGGCGCAAUCGGCAAAGGGUCACAAUCGACGCCCGAGCACGGUAUCGGUCGCAUCCUCCAACUCGGCGAGCACGCUGAGCGAUUCCGACAGCGAAACGUCGGCGGAAAACGAUUCCGGUAUCGAGUCGGAAGGUAACCAAGAGCAGGACCGUAGCGCCGAGCUUGCCAAACAGUUUCGCACGCAUCUGAUCGGCCUGUACCGGUCGCUAGAGCAGAUGAGUGAAGCCGCCAACUAUCUGACGGCACGGUAUCAGAGCGAUGUCGGGCCGGUUUAGAUUGAAUUGCGCGCGCCUGCCUUUACACAUCUCUCUUCCCUCCCGCCGAGGGGAUACUGCGGGGCAGUUCGUCAACCAUUGGACCCCCUUUUUGCUGCUUUCGUAGAUUCGUCGAUUGCCAGUGCACCGAGUAAUAUCCGUGGGAUUGCUGUCGGGUUUCUCGCGGACAGCGUAGCGGGUUUGCAUUUCCGGUUCGUUCAUUAUGUGUUUCAAGUUUUAUGAGGCAGUUAUUCGGACGCUUUCCACAAAUGGGGCGGGUGUGUUCGAGGACACCAUUGCCUAAAGAAAAUUCUCCUACGAUCCUAAGAUCCCAAUUGAACGAAAGAGAAUCAUUUUAAAUGACAGCGGGUGUUAGUGUAGUAAAAGGAACACAAAGAACCAAACAAAUCCAAAUCGCUCACAUGAACCGGCUGGAUAUGAAGAUCUGUUUUCGUGCCUGAGCAUGCAGUAGAAGAGAGAAAUUAGAGGUACGGGAUUGUGUCACAUACCUUCUGGGUGAUAGACUUCAUGAUUGUAAAUUCGUUUAAUCGUAUAUGUGAUGUAAGCGCGUGAGGAAUUGGUUUACAAGAGCGGCGAAAGAUAAAAAGAGGGAUGUGCGCGUGUGUGUAGUUGAGGCAAAGAUUGCAAAGAAAGGUCAGCUCGAUCGAUCAUGAAAGUGAAAACAAGACACAGUUACGCAUCGAAGACACACUAAAGCAGUAGACCAGUAGACACGUGUAACGUAGAAGACAUCACUGCUGAUUGUUGCGACUUGCUGCGAGAAACUUUUCUGGCAGAUAAAUGCUCAUAUGUUGUAGUCCACUUUUCCUUUAAAAACAAAGAAAAACCACACAUGCGUGCUCUCGCGUAACGAUCCUAAAUUGCAACCCUCUUCCCAAUUGCCUGGAAAAAGGGUUGCGUACUUGAGACUUUCUUUUUCACAAGCUUUAUGUAUAUUAAAUUAUUUAUAGUUUCCCUCCUGUACAUUGUUUCCCGGUUGUAGCGAAAAUAGCAUUCGCAGGAGAGUAUUUCUGCGCACGCGAGAAACACGGUCCCGAAUGUUCAUUCGAUUUGGUUUGGGUGAUUGUGUGUGUGUGUGUGUGUUCGAAUAUUUAAGUGAAAUCUUUGAAUGUUUCUGUUUGAAAGGUUUUAGCAUAUCCUUUCGACGGUUUCGCAUGCAUGGAGUGACUGGUAUAUACAGCAUAAUGACAUUCUGAGAAUCCAACCCAUAAUUGCAUGAUUAUCCUGUAUCAACAUUACGACGUGCUAAUUUUUGGCGUGCAACGCUGCAAAAGUGUAAUAGAAGCUGUGCCCUGUUGAGUUGCGGAUAAUAACUUAUUUAUUCCUGGCUAUCAUUAGUUUGCAUUAGGCUUGCAUGCAUCCAGUUUAUAGAAAACACUAUUUUCCAACCACCCAUCGGAAUGUGCAGCAAGAAACAUCAGGAUACAAGGGGCAAUAAAAUGUGUUUUUUUUUGUGUUUUGUUAUCGUUAUAUAUGUCCAAACAUUAUUGCCUUCAUUGCGAUUGCAUUCGUGGCACGGUUUCGGGAUUCGGUAAAUGGUUCAGAACAAUCUAUUGUUUGCAUUCUGAAGGCAAGCAAACAAAGCCCAACAAGUCUUUCAUAUCGAUCAUCGGUGCAGCAUUUCAGAGACGAAAGCAUUUAGUACGUGAAAUGAACGAAGCGAUAAGAAAGGAAACAAACUGGAGAGUAACGAUCACGAGGAUGUUUGAAGUAGUACACGCUUAGACAAAACAAAAUAUGGGAAAACCUUCUCAGGAGGACUCCUUUUGCACCAAUUAAAUGCUUGUGCGCAUCAUGCCGGUUGAUCGAACGUUAGUUUAGUUUUGAUAAAUCCAAAUCGUACGUUCAUUUCCAUAUCAUUCAUCACUUUGCGUGUGUGUGUGUGCGAGUGCAGCAUGUUGCAUGAGUGGCGUAAGAGAACUGCUACCGUAAUGCAUACUCUGGUACAAGAGACAUAACAUAAUGGUGAUUUAAGCUUUAGAAUAAGCCUUGCAUUAUACGUUUUGUUUGAGUUCGGUCAAUGGGUCAAAUCGGGAUAGUGUUAAGCGAAGUCAUGGUGAUAAGCUAAUCACGUUUAGAUAGUGUUUUCUGAGCGAGGCGGGAUCGUGCAUGGCAGCUGAUUCGAAUGGGAGUAUCUUUUUUCGUAAAACAAAAGCAAAAGGAUUCAUGAAUCGUCGCUUGGCGAGCUGGUAUGAAACAUAAUCGGUGAUAUGCUAGAGCUAAAAUGGUUUUGUUUUUCUUGUGCCUCAGUAAAACAAUAUUACGUGUGUGUGUCUUCGCUGUCAUUCAUUUGCUUUACGGUGCUCCGUUUUGUUUCGUUUGUAGCUAGUGAGUGUUGUUGGUGGUAAAACAAUCACAACGGAUCGCUAUAAACGGCGUUCAGCAGGCGUUGUGUUAACAGGGAAGAGAAAGUUCUACUUUCCUUCUCACCAAUCGGUGACUCACAGCAGGCACCAAAAAGAUAAUAAAAUCAUUCCGUAUCAUUAAUCAAGUAAUAAUGAAAAGAAACAAUAAUUUUAGAGCACAACACAAAAAAGCGAAUGAAAGGGAGGGAGAGAAAAAAAAACAGAAAAAUAAUCAAUAUAAAAGAAGUUAAAAACAGGCAAAAAUAUGUGCGAGAUUGUACGGGAUGUAUAAAAAUUAGAAGAAACGAAAUUGAAAGAUGAAAGAAAAGAACGUGAUAGAGGAUAGUGAUAAAAAAGGAUAUGAAAAUUGGAAAAGUUGUGCAAAACGGCGGUGAAGCAGUGAUGUAAAACACAUAUAAUAGCAAAACAACAAUUAACAAAUGAAACAAAAAUAGCCGAAAGCAAAAUAGUAGCAGAGAACUAGAGCAGCUAGAACGUAAUGAAAGCUCGUAGAUAACAAAACAGUAAAGUGCUUACCCCCGGAAAUGCGACGGACGUAUCUUCAAUUGUUUCACGUCCGUUGCGGAAGGAUGGAGAUACGGGCUCUCAGAGCCUUUUGCUUCGAAGGAGCAACAUUCCGCCCGGGAAUGAGUAGUUAAACACGGAACGGCUUCCCCCAACACACGGGUGUGUGUUACCUAAAGCAAUCGAACGAAUAUUCCAAGCAGAAGCAAAUGACCGCCGUGCACGCAAAACAUACACGCGUGUAGGGAAAAAUGACAUGCGCAUGAAGAUGAUGUUGAAGAAGUAAAAACAACACACGGAGAAAAAAAAACACAAACCGGGCGCGCAGUGUAAGUCAAAUUGUGUAAAGUCGGUUUAGUCUAUCUUUAAU